UUUCCCUCCCUCCCCUCUUUCCCCUUUUUCUUGUGCCUUUUCUGCGUUUCCUAUAGGCGCGAAGGGCGAGCCGCAUCUACAACCUCUGCGGAGCAAGGGUUUUUUUCUCGCACCCCAUCGUCGCAACGCGAUCCGGAAAAUCGUAAAAAUCGCGCUCGGCUGCUGGGGGGAAGGAGGGAGGAUGUUACGCGACCGCGACCGGUCCGAUUUCACGACGGCGCGACGACGGCUCGGCACUUUAUUCGCGACGACGAGGGGGAUACAUGCACGUAGUACGCGUCCUCCUCGUUUCGCGGAGCUUAUAGCGGAGUAUUAACGAUCGCAAUAAUAUACGCGCGCUCCCGCUUUGCUCGAUAGAUCCGGCCUCGCGGCGCGAGGCGCGACGUGUCGCGAUUAGAGCGGCGACGGCCGAAGGAGGAGGUAGCGGAGGAGGGAAAGAAAAAAAAAAUAAGACGAGAGAUCGAACACGCGCGAGGCUGAGGAAACGCCGCGCGGCCGCGGAGAACGCUCUGGGAAAUCGUUGCGCGGGAUCGUUUUCUUCAAUUUUUCCAAAUUUUACCGUCGGCGCCCGGCGGCAAAAAACAAGGGACAAAGAAAGUAUGGCGGACCACCACCAUUGGCACCAUUGUGACCAUUGCCGUUGCUGCCGCAUGUCCGCGUCGCUUCCAUUGUGAGGAGAAACCAGAAACGGAACAGACGUACGCACGCAGGCAUCACGCAUAGGCACGUACGUACGUCCGGCACGAGAUUGGCGAGAGACCAGAGUCCGACGAUGACGAUGCCUCGCGCUGGACGAUGCAGAGAACGUGGUGAAUAAUUAUUCCUGCGCGGAGGAAGACGGAAAGAGGAAGAGUGAGAGAGGGAGAGGGAAAGAGAGAGAGAGAGGUAUAGAGCGCGCGCGGCCAUGUUUCCUGCGGCGGGCAAGGGCGAGCGAAGAAGUCUGCGCGGAAGCGCGCGGCUCUCGUCCAAGAUGUCGGGAAAGCUGCCCCGGUUGCGUGCCCUGCGACCGCGGCCGCAGCAACAAAGGCGCGCGAGAACGGGGCCCGUUCUCGCCGUCGGCGUCCCGACGCCGCGACCGGAAGGUAACCUUAAAGGGGCCGUCGCGACGAGUCACGAGGUGGAGCACGCUGCGAAGCGGAGGCACCACGACGCGAAGAAGGGCGAAGACUGCACGGGCACGGCCGGCGCUGUGAGCCAGGCGAGCGUGAUGGACGAGGAGGACAAUGACGACGAGCUGACGAUGACCGCCAGCGUCGACGAGGAUGACGAGGAGGAGGCGGAGGUGGAGGAGGAGGAGGAGCGGGAGGAGGACGAGGACGAGGAAACGAUCCUGGACGUCGACGUCGACGUUGACGUUGCGGUGGAUACCGAGGAGACGAUCGACGUCGAGGCGAGCGAGCAGCAAGCGUCUUACGAGUGCAAGACCUGCGAGCCGUCCAAAACGCUGCCCAGUAUCAAGGCCUACUUCGAGCACCUGCGAAAGGAGCACAAGUACAAGGGCAAAAACGGGCACAGUCCAGUCGAAAAUCGUUGCCCUGCGUGUUCGUAUGUCGCCGUGAACGUGAAAGAUCUUGAAAAUCACCAAAGAGUGCACCAUUUGAAAAGAAAAUUCUUUCGAUGCGCAAAAUGCGCGUACGUGACGCACAUCAGAGCGCGUUAUACUAAGCAUGUUAAAUAUCAUUCUAUGCCGAUGAUCAAGUGCGCGGCUUGUGAUUUUAGUUCAGCGUAUAAGUGGAAUCUAGAAAGACACAUGCGGAAUCAUGGAGGUGGAGGUGCUUUCAAAUGUCGUGCAUGUAAUUUUACCGCUGAUAUCCGUCAGAGCUUAACGGUGCAUGAGUCGUAUCAUCAUGACCCACCUGUGGGUCAGGUCAACCGCAAAAGUACGAACGCUUUCGAACGUAAGCCACGAAAUAGUCCAAAACGUUAUAAUCAGGUUGGAGCCAGUGACUUUCGAGAAGCGUUAAAUAAAAACGAAAGUACAACCACGUCGGCCAGUUCCUCCGCGUCGUUCGUGUCGGAUCACUCGUUACGUUCGUUAGACGCUAAGAAAAGCGCCCUGGCCAGCGCGGAGUGCAUCGCGUUAAAAUGCGAGGAGAAAGGCUGCCAAUUUAUAACAGCCUGGGAUUCCGAGAUGCAGCGUCACUUAGCGGAAUGCCACGCGCCGGUUGUCCCGUCGAAGCCGAGAAAGCCACUGCCAAUGUUGAUUCCACUGAGCCUAGCCCCAGCGAGCCCUAAGCCCAAUAACGCGCACGGUAAUAGCGGUCCACCUACGACCCUCCUAAAGGUUCCGCGCGUCAGAGUGAGACCUGAACUGGCGCAAAUCGCGAGAGAUACGGAGCUGGCUAAGAUGUACGGGAACAAGGAGGCCGCGACGUCGAAGAAGAAUCUCAGCACCGCGGCUGGUGUAUUUGAGAGAAAGAAUGCCUCCUUCUUCGAUAAACUGAAAGAAAAACUAACGACGACAGCGACGUCGAUUAAUAACGGUGUGCCGGAGGUAGCUGUAAGUAGUGAGACAGACUUGAAAUGCUGGUGUACGUUUAAAGCUAGUAGCAUGGAAGAGCUAGCUUGCCACAAACAGACACACCACACCGCGCUCAGCGUAUCCGUGGGCACGACACGUUGCCCUAAGUGUAGAAGACGUUGCAAGAGUACCGCUGAUCUCCAUACGCAUAUGCAAUGCUGCCAUUCGCGCAACGACGCAACGCCGUCCAUCGAUAGUAGUUUAGAGAAAGUAACGAAUCGCUCAGACGUCCGCAUGACCUUGUACCGUGACGAAUACUCUUUUCCGUCGCACGUGGAUUGGGACGCGAAUCUCAGAGGACUAAAUUCUUCUGGACCUCCGUUUGAAGGUGGUCCGACACAUCCGAGUGGGCGGCGGGUAUUCAAAUGUCCUCAUUGUCCGUUUUGGGCUUCCACCGCAAGUCGCUUUCACGUACAUAUAGUCGGUCAUUUAAACCGGAAGCCGUUCGAGUGUUCAAUGUGCGCGUAUCGUUCUAACUGGCGAUGGGACAUCACAAAACAUAUUAAGCUUAAAGCGGCUAAAGACGCAGUGCAUACGAGCGCCAGAGUGCUCAUGACGGAUGAGACAGGUCGACGGAAUUAUUCCAAAUAUAACAAAUACCUCGCACAGGUAGAACAGCAGUCGUGGGAUGAGGAUCGCAUGGAGCAGCGUAGCAUAGAGGAAACGAACUCGGAAGAAUCGUCGACGAAGUUGUUGAUCGUGGGCAAUAAAGAGUACGUACCGAUAACUGGUUCGUCGUCACAAUCACCAAUCACAAUUUUACCGUCGAGCGAGGCAAAUCAGAGCAGUCAUAGCGUAGACGUGAGUCUGCGACCUCCGCCACCGCUCAAAGCAGCUCAAAUCAGAAGUCGUGGGCAGUCUCUGUUGAAGAACACUCCUAUCACGAUGCAUUUCACUACCCCUAGUGGUGGUGGCGCGGUCUCCAUAUCUCCAGCGAUGGAUGAGAGUAAACGCACUCAGUGGAAAUGUAAACGUUGUAAUUAUCGAGAUACUAACAAAAAUAACGUGUUGUUACAUGUUAAAUCUCAUUACGAAUCUGCUGAUCACGAGUCUAUCGAAGAAAGGAAUCCAUUUGGUUGUGGGGAUUGUCCGUUUUCAGCAUCGGAUGCUGCCACUCUGUCUCUUCACAGGAUGCACCAUCGGCCGAACUUAGAAGCUAUAUUUAAAUGCUAUCUUUGUCCAUACUACGUUAGUACAAAGGCAGAACUGUUGGAGCACGCUAGGCUCCACGGGGAAGAGCUGGCAGCUAUGCAUCAGCAUAAUAUAGAUCUCCAGUUUUCAAAUUCCAAGAAUCAAUCGCAACAAGUAUCAAUUUCCGAAAGCGGUGUUUCUCAAACGAAGGACGAAUCGUCUAUAGAACAAGUGAUUCAGAUAACGUCGCGCAGCAACGUAACGGCGUCUUCAAAAAUCGCGGGAGCCCAGCCACAACCACCCCCACCACCGUCGCUACUCCUGGACACUCGUGCCUUUUCAGACGCUCCGCUGGUUUGGGUAUCGCGGCUAGAUGGCACCCUGACGAAGAUGCUCAAGUGUCGCCAUUGUCCGUAUGUUUCGUCGCGACGUGCGGAAGUUCGCGACCACGAGACAAUGCAUGUAGACAUGCCAACUCACGGUCCCUUGAUCGCCUGCACGGAUUGUAGCUUCACUUGCUCGCGUCGUGAGGUCAUGAUCGCGCAUACAGAAAUGCAUUCGGGAUCUCUUGGGACUGUUCACUGUCUCGUCGAUGAGACCCGACCUGAUGCCCAACAGGUGAGCGAUCUGGCCACUUUACUUGGCAUGGCGCACACUCCCGUGCUGGGCACCGAGCCCGAUCUGCAGGACUCGCGUCUGGUGCAUUGCUGUGGCAAGUGCCCGGCACGGUUUCUGUGCGAAAAAGAGCUGCGUAUCCACUUGCGUUACCACACCACCGAACUGGCGUAUUCAUGCCAAUGGUGUUCGUAUGCAGCGCGCCAGCCGGCGCAUCUAUUGGCUCAUCAAAAGGCGCACUCGACGGAGUAUCAGGAGCGCACCAAGUAUCUGUUGUCCCUGUACGGCCACUCGCAGCGUUAUCCACCGCCCGCAACAGCGUGCGUCGAGGCGGAGAAUCGGGAAGACAAUGACAGCGUGCCGAACGUCGCGUGGAUCGUCGUUGAAAUCAACGAGAACGCGAAUGCCUCGUACAACAGUAUCAACGGCACGAUCGUUCAGAGGCCCGGGGGUCAGGUAUUCACGUGCUCCAAGUGUCCGGCUCGUUACUUUAAACUGGAUGCUUUGGAAUACCAUAUGACGCUUCACGGUUCAAACAAUCGGUUCAAGUGCAAUGACUGCGAUUAUUCGUCGAAAACGGCACAAAAUCUAAUGAAACAUCAAGCGGUGCAUCGGCGGCAUACCGAAACCACCGAAGUGACCGCGGAGGUACCGUCUACCAUCACUACUACCACCACCGCCGACUCUGCUCCGACGUCCUCUCCCGGGUCGCCACAGCAGUCGUCACCGGAUCCGCAAUUCGGUAUCUUUAUGCGCGGCAAUCCAAACUUCGUUUAUCCUGGUUACCUAAGGAACGGCCGUCUGAAGGAAAAGCGCUACAAGUGUCACAAAUGUCCGUCCGCUUUUGAAAAGCGCGAGCAAUAUAGAGUUCAUUUAACCCUGCACGGUGCGAAACAACGUUAUCGCUGCGACACGUGCGACUACUCGGUCAAAUACUACGCGAAUUAUGUACAGCAUCUGAAGAAACACCAGGCGAACGCGGAAGCGCAGGCAUCGCGCAGACAGUUCGAGGACGAUCGGAUCUCGGUCGAUAACGACAGCAUCACCGACAUAGUUGCGUCAAAAUCGUCGCGCAAGUCCUUGCGAUCGUCUGCCACUGCUGUUAACAUGCUCGCGGUAUUGUCUUCCGUUAACAAUGCGUCGAAUGUCAAUAACAACGCCGCGAUACAACCCUCUAAUCAGGACAAGCAGAGUUUUUUGUUGAUGCAAAAGAAGGGCAUUAUUUCGUCGACGGGCGAGGCCGACGCGGAGACGAUACGCUGCCAGAGUUGCCCGUUCUCCACCACCGACAAGGACGUCAUGGACGCGCACAAGCGUCGUCACGGCAUCGAGCGCAUGACGCCGCCGUGCCCGCAUUGCGACUACAUUCCGCGGAAAGACGAGAAUAUCGGUGAGCACAUCAAGCUACACUUCACGAGGCUGUACAAGCCCGAGUCCUAUCUCAUCGUCGAGCUGCUAACGCUGACAAUGGAGAAGGUAUCCGCGAACAGCAAGAACGAAAAGGGUCAGCGGUUGAAGGAGCUAUUGUUCAAGGAAUGCGCCGACGGUAGAUUCGUGCCACUCGCCGAAUCGAUCAACUCUCUUUCCUUAGGUACCUCUUCUACAAUAAAGUCUGUCAAGGAGAAGGUCACCGUAGAUCCAAACACGGGCGAGACCAAACAUCAUCGUGUUGCCACGUAAAUCGAACCUUUAUCUAGCGAUCGCAAUCGCGCGAUUAUCCACGUGUUUAUAUGCCUUUUUCUAUUUACGAUGCUGGUUCGAAAUUGGUAGGCGAUAUAGUUGACUUCGCGAAUAGAUUAUUAUUAUUAUAGAUUAGUGCGCAUUGUAAAAAUCAGCGAUCUUAUUUUUGUUUAUAGUUAACGAAUGUUACAUCAGAAUUUAUUGCACGUCUUAUUUCUAUAAGAUUAAAUAAAAGCGUAUAUACAUAUAAAGAUUCGCGUUUUUCGACGACAAUGUACACGCAGCGCUCUUUAUCCAAUUACGUUUGUUUCUAAUUUUUUUGUAUUUUAUUAUUGAUUAGGAUAUUGUUCAGUAACUUCGAAUGUAUUUGUGAGCAUACUUUAUGCGAAGUUAAUACAUUUGUACGCCAUAUUUUGUUAACAUGUUGGCUAACAAUGGGCAGAAGAUACAUUGAAUCACUUCUAAAAUAUGAUGCAAAUUCUAAGUGGUUUCUAUAUUAUUGAAAAUUAAAAAAUAAUUGCAAAUCUGUAAUAUUUUAAAAUGUUUAGAAAUCUCAAGAGUGAUUAACAUUUGAGUUUUUAAAGUUUUGAAUAUACUUUGAAAGUCAAUGAUGAUUUAUCGUUCUGAUUGACUUUUUAUAAAGGUAUAUAUAUAAACUUUCAGAAAUUUCCACUUGAUAUAUAUUUUAACCCUCUGUCUGUAUACGUGGGUCUGUGGCGUUCGAGCCAAAAUGAUAUCUGCGAUCGUAAUUGUAAAACUUGCAAGCCUGCCAGAAAAUAUUAAAUAAACGAUCAUUGUCAAAAUGACUAUAAAAUUGUCAAUUGCAAUAUGUAGACAGAGAUGUUUUGUAAAUUUUUUUCAGAUUUUUCUAAAUACUGGAAAAAUAGCGUUAAACGUGACAGACCCACGUAUACACUCGCCACAGUGCAAAAAAAAAAAAAACAGACGGAGAGUUAAUGCAAUUCGAAUACAUAUAUGCAAAACAAUUUAAAGCAGUUUGGUUAUAUGUAUUCGAAGCUGCAGUUGAAAAUACUUUCGGACAUAUGUAUGUAUAUUUGAAGCAAUACGAAUCUUUAGUGAUUAAAAUGUUAGAAAAUUUUUAAAGAGAAUUGGAUGCCCAUCUAUAACAAUGGCUAUUAGGUAACGCAUGACACGACCGUUAUUGUAAAUAUUUAUUUGAAGCCUUAUCGGUCUUGUACAAUACAUGAUAAUAAAUGCUCAUACUGUAUAUACAUAUUUAUUGUUGUUUCAUCUAAAAAUAUAUUUCAUGCAUUAUA